GAUACUUAGGUUAAUACCUAACCUAUCAUUACUUAACCUCAAACUGUUUUAUUUUAAAUUUAAGUUAAAAUAAAUUCUUUUAUAAUGUUAAAAUUGAAGAAUAUUGUUGUUGGUAUAUCCGGGGGCGUAGAUAGUGCUGUUACAGCUUUAUUAUUAAAAAAGAAAGGAUUCAAUGUAAAAGGAGUUUUUAUGCAAAAUUGGGACAUUGCGGAUGAAAAAGGGGUUUGUUCGGCUGACCAGGAUUACAAAGAUGCCUCAAUUGUAUGCGAAAAAUUAAAUAUACCAUUAACUCAUCUUAAUUUCGUGAAAGAAUAUUGGAACGAAGUAUUUUUAAAUCUAAUUAAAGAAUAUGAGACUGGAAGCACACCAAAUCCUGAUAUUUUGUGUAACAAGAACUUAAAAUUUAAUUAUUUUUAUAACCACGCCAUUGAGAAUUUAGAGGCUGAUGCAAUUGCUACGGGACAUUAUGCUGCUAAUAGUUUUGGGGCUUAUUUGGAAAACUAUGAUCCUAAUCAGAAUGCAAAAUUAUUAUUACCUCGGGAUAAAAUAAAGGACCAAACAUUUUUUUUAUCGCAAAUAAGUCAAAAUGCUUUAAGGAAAACCAUGUUUCCAUUAAGUGAAUUGACAAAACCAGAAGUUAAAGCUCUCGCUGUACAAAAUGGCCUAGAAAUUGUAGCUAAGAAGAAGGAAAGUAUGGGAAUUUGUUUUAUUGGGAACAGAAAUUUUCAAGAUUUUAUUUCUGAGUACAUUGAAGAUAAAGAAGGUAAUUUUAUCGACAUAGAUACAGGAGAAAUCGUUGGAAAACACAAUGGAAUUCAUCAUUGGACAUUAGGACAAAGAAGUCGAAUCGCUGGAAUUCCAAAAGGAUAUUUUAUCGCUCAAAAAAACAUUGAAAAUAAUUCCAUUUACGUUGCUUUAGGUAGUGAACACCCUUCAUUAUACACCCAAACUUUUUGUACAUCAAAACCACACUGGAUAUGUGAUCAACCAAAAGAUUUAGAGACCUCCAAUGUUUUUAAUUGUCAAUUUCGGUUUCAACAUACUCACGAAACUACUGAUUGUAAUUUAUUUGAAACUGACCAUGGACUAAUUGGGCGUUUAUCAAAACCAGUUAAAGCAAUAACUGAAGGACAAUAUGCAGUGUUUUAUAAGAAUAAUGAGUGUUUAGGUAGUGGAAAAAUUGUUUUUAGAGGUGUUCCAAAUUCAAUUCGAUUUUGGUUAGACCAUAAUAAGUCAAUUAAAGUUUAUGAUUUAUUUAGAAAAUGUAAAAGUAAAGAUGAAUUUGUUAAAAAAGUU